AAUUUGGGAUUUGGAAGAGAAUGGUCCUCCCCAUAUUUCAGUUGGAACACAUUUCAUGUUCCUGUUGAUUAGAUAGGGUUAAUCCAGGUGAUGACUUGGAAUUCUUGAGAAGUGGGUUUGGAAAUUGUACGCAAGAAAGACUGGAGUCUCAUGGCUUCUUUCUCCAUUCUCAGUUUGCUCGACUACUGCUUUUCUGUUUGUAAUGGAAAUGAAGAGGUAGAAAGUAGUCAGCUCAACUGUUGACAAUGCAAGCACUGGAGUCAUUGGCCUUUAACGACAUUGCUAUAGACUUCCACCAUGAAGAAUGGACUCUCCUAGAUACAUCUCAGAGAAAGCUCUUCAGAGAUGUGAUGGCCGAGAUCAUCAGUCAUCUGGUUUCAGUGGGCAGGGAAAGUGGGUAUAAAAAACAAGAAAUGGUAACCAUACAAACUAUCUACAGAAAGGAUACAUCUACCAUCAUGUCAUUGAGAUCUCACAUUCCAAGGAAUCCCUCUAAAUGUAAUGAUUUGCAAGAAUUCACACACACAUCCAUAGUUUCUCAACAUGCAUUAAUUCAGAAGGAAAAGAAACCCUAUUUCGGCAAAGUAUUUGGAAAAGACCUCAUUGACCAGCCAUCUUUUACGCAAGAUAAGCAAGGUCACGCUAGAAGUAAUUCAUGUAAAUAUGUAAAUGGUAAAGCCUUGAUUCAGACCUCUGGCCUUAGACGACACAGUGGAUCUGACAUCGGAGAGAAACCUUUUGAAUGCCUUCUGUGUGGGAAGGUUUUUGCUCAUUGUUCUUCCCUUAGACGACAUGAGAUAUCUCACAGUGGAGAGAAACCCUAUGAAUGUUCUCAAUGUGGGAAAGCCUUUACUCAGUGUUCUUCCCUUAGGCAACAUGAGAGAAUUCACUCUGGAGAGAAACCGUAUGUAUGUAACCUAUGUGGGAAAGUCUUCGCCUAUUUUUCUGGUCUUAGACAACAUGAGAGGACACACACUGGAGAGAAACCCUAUGAAUGUCUUGUAUGUGGGAAAGCGUUCACCUAUUGUUCUGGUCUUAGACAACAUGAGAGUACUCACACUGCAGAGAAACCGUAUCAUUGCCAUCAUUGUGGGAAAGCUUUUGCUCAGCCUUCUUAUCUUAGGUUACAUGGGAAAAUUCACACUGAAGAGAAACCAUAUGAAUGCCAUCUAUGUGGGAAAGCCUUCAGGACAUGUUCUUAUCUUAGAGCCCAUGAGAAAAUGCACACUGGAGAGAAGCCCUAUGAAUGUCACGUAUGUGGGAAAGCCUUCAGUCAUUGUUCCUACCUCAGGCAACAUAAGAAAAUUCACAAUGUAAAGAAACUAUAUGAAUGUCAAGUAUGUGGGAAAGUCUUCACACAUUGUUCUGGCCGUAGACAUCAUGAGAAGACGCACACUAAAGAGAAACCCUAUGAAUGUCAUAUAUGUGGGAAAGCAUUCACCCAUUGUUCUGGCCGUAGACGACAUGAGAAGACUCACACUGGAGAGAAACCCUACAAAUGCCAUCUAUGUGGGAAAGAAUACACGACAUGUUAUUAUCUUAGAGUUCAUGUGGGAAAUCAUGCUGGAGAGAAACCUUUUGAAUGUCAUCUAUGUGGGAAAGUGUUCACCAGUUGUUCUGACCUUAGAAAACAUGAAAGAAUUCACAAGGAGCAUAAACCACGUGGGUGAAGGUAUCUUUCACUAAUUCUGGCCUUAGACUACAUGAGAAAAUUUGCACUUGAGAGUAGUGGUGUGACUGUCUUUGGAUAAGUGGGAAAACCUUAC